AUGCUUGGCAAGAUCGUCGGCGAGGCCAAGCUCGACAUCACCUUCAACGAAGCCUACCUCUUGGCCGUGCAGGACGCAACAACGAGCUCGCCAACCACGCGCAAGGCGUCGAAGCCUUCUACGAUCAUGGCCUGGCUGCGCGAGUGCCUCGAGCUUGGCGGCUUCAAGCAAGACGGGCGCGGGAUGCGGAAGCGCGACAACUAA